AUGUUCCGGACGCUCGCUUCCACCGUGCUUGCGCUCGCCGCCUGCGCGGGCGCGAAAUGGAUUGUCCCUGGUGCACGGUGGUAUGAUACCGACGGGAAUCUGUUCAAUGCUCAUGCUGGAGGACUUUGUGUGGACCAGGAGACCGGCAAGUUCUACUGGUUCGGCGAGUACAAGGUGCAAGGCCAGGUCGAGGGAGGCGGAAUCUCUGUUUACAGCUCUGACGACCUUGCAACUUGGACCUCUCAUGGGUUGGCCUUGACGCCCAUUGAGAACCACACCUACGUCUCCAACCAUAACCGUAUUCAGCGGCCCAAGGUCAUAUACAGUGAAGAGACGGGCGAAUACCACAUGUGGUGGCAUGCCGACGACGACAGCUACUCCUGGCUCUUGCAAGGCCUUGCCACGUCACCGAAUAUCGCGGGACCCUACACCUUUGUGUCCGCAACCUCGCCACUAGGAAACUGGUCGCAGGACUUUGGCGCCUUCACUGACUACAAGUCUGGACGGUCAUAUGCCCUCUAUUCCAACGGCGACAGAGUCGAAGGCCGCGACGUGUAUCUCAGCCGUUUCAAUGAGAACCUCACGGCCGUUGAGGAGGUUACCUACCGGUUCCCAAAAUAUGACUUCGAGGCGCCGACGAUCAUCCAGACCGAGAAGAGUUACUUCGCCCUCAUGAGUCACAAGACGGGUUACCGGCCGAACAACGUUGUUGCCCUCCGUGCAGAUAAUCUCGAGGGCCCCUGGUCACAGCCAUUCUUUGUCAGUCCAGCUUAUACCCGGACGUUUAGCACGCAAAGUGGAUUCUCGUGGAGGAUUGCUGGGAGCAAGAAGACCACGUAUUUGUAUAUGGCUGAUCAGUGGGACUUGAAUAGUCUCUGGGAAAGUCGAAACGUCUGGCUCCCUAUUGAGAUUGAUGAGCGCGACGGUAGCCUCGAGGUUGUUUGGCAUGACAUUUAUGACCUCAACGUAAAAACGGGAGAAUGGAAGCCAAUAAAAGGAAAGACCUACAUUUCCAAGCAUGCCGAACUAUCUGGACAAGCGUAUCUGCAGGAAGCUUCAUUCGCCAGCGGCAACCGCAUCGCAACCGGCAUCUACGGGAACGACAGCAAAGUCACCUUCACUGUUGACGGCCAAGGCACCGAUCAGUGGGUUUCCUUCUACCACCAAAACAUCGACGACAUGGGCUUCGGCGACCAACCGCAAGGUCAACCCGACCGCAUCAACGGCACUUGGCAGCUACGCCGGAUCAGCAGCGUGAUCGUGAACGGUGACGAGGAAAAUGUCCAUACCUUAUACCAGAAAGACACGCACAAGGGAAUUAUUCUCUCGACGCCGCUUCUGCUUCCGCUGAAGGAGGGCAAAAAUACAAUCACGGUUGGUGGACUGUAUAAUGGAUUUGAUUAUAAGGGGGCGGAUUUGGAUCGGAUCGUUGUUUAUCCGCCUGAGGGGGGCAGGAACAAGGGGAAAAGAUUCUGGUGGUGGUAG